AUGAAGGUUGCAUGGUUCUUGGCCACUGGAAUUCUGAUGGUCGGCAUCUCCAGCCCAGUCAUGGCUGAUGAAACGGAGUGCCAGGUUGUCCCGAUCAUCACAUCCACGUUCACCCAGCCCAUCUCUCCCAUCGAGACCUCUUACGCACAUAGCCCAAAGCACGAGGAUUGCGCCCAAAAAUGCUCUGAUUCUGAACAUGGUCCGUCCAUGCGACAAGUACGCCCCGAAAAACAAGAAGGGCCGCUGCGAAAACUCAUUGAAAUUUGGGCGUGCUGGCAAGUGGGCAACCGAGAGAGCUUACUAGUCCAAUCGUUGUCCUGGAUCCUUGAACUCGCGCGGGCCCUCGGGAUACCUGUAGAAGAACGCGAGGCGCGACAUCGACGAUUGAAGGCUCGCUGUGAACUUUAUGUUCGCUCUUUCAAUCCUAGCGACUACUACUGCGUGCACCAAAAAGACAGCAAUCUUGGACACUACUUGUGGAAGAAGGUGCAAAGUGGGAUGACCAAUGUAUACAUGGCUAUCAACUGGUUGGUGUGA